ACAUAAAAAAAAACAAAUGAAACCCUGAAACAAGUGAGGGAAACCCCACCGCUGCGCCAUGGCGAUGGUGGAAGAAGAACUCCAAUCUCCCUCCGAGAAAACCACAGGGCUCGACUUCGCCCGCCUCAAGUCAUACUGCCUCGAACUUUUUGACCUUCUUCGCAACCCAAAGAAAGAUGCCGCUUUCCUCGCCGAGAUGGCCGACUUUCUCCGCCGUACUCCUGCAUCUGCCUUGCAGACAUCCCUUGACUAUAUCAUUAUGCCUUUACUACUACUGCUGGAUUCAGCAGUGCAAUGCAGAAAAAAGAAGGUUAAUCCAGAGGGCAAUCCAUUAGGCUUUAUUGAGAUCCGUGAUUCAGUGGCUGAAGGGAUGCUUAUGUGCCUUGAAGAGCUCUUUAAGAAAUGCUAUCUGGGGUCUGUGGAUCAGAUGGUUGUUGUGCUGAAGAAACUCAACUAUGGAGCUAUGCUUUCACCUACUGAGGCAUCUGAAGAAUUUCGUGGAGGAAUAAUUAAAUGUUUUAGGGCAAUGCUCCUCACUUUACAACCUUGCUCUAAUAGUUCCUGCGUAUGCAAGCAAAGGAUUGUCCUACCUACAAUCGAACCAUUUAUUACUGCAUCCAUUUCCUACAAUACUCAUUUGAGCUACCAGGUGGAACCACAAGAAUGCUUGCUUGCAUUUCUCCAAUCACAGAAUGCAUCUGCUGCAGUAGGGCAUUGGCUGUCACUUCUUCACCAAACUGCUGAGCUUGAGGCAUUGAGAGGACAUCAUGGAAAUGCAAAUAUAAGGAAGGAGGCAUUUCUUGCUCACCGUGUUCUUGUUGCCAAGGUCGGUACUGCUGAUGCACUUGCUUUCUUUUUACCUGGUGUUGUAAGCCGCUUUACAAAGGCUUUGUGUGAGUCAAAAAAUGCCAUAAGUGGUGCUGCUGGAAGCACUGGAGCUACUGAGCAUGCACUUCGUGGUUUAACUGAGUUCUUGAUCACUGUCUUAAAUGAUAAAGCAAAUCCAUAUGCCAUUGAGAUGUCUGUGAAUGACACUAUGACAUUGUCACCAGAGAAAAAUAAAUCUACCCAAUCUGUACUAGAGACUUUGCGUAGUCUACCAUCUAAUAGUACCCAUAUUAAGUCAGCAAAUGUGACUGGAGAUUUGCUCCGUGAAUCAGUCGAGGAUUCUUCUCCAAAGGUUGCUUAUGAAGGGAAGUUUACUGAGACCAAAAGAAUUUUAUUUGUUCAUCGCUCCAAUGUCUGGCUUGAUGAAACUUCUACUAAUGUAGAUAAAGCCAUCCAUGCUGCAUUUCCAUAUCUUUGUGUUCAUCCUUCUGAAAAAGUCAGAGAAGCUCUUGUAGAUGGCAUCAAGGGGUUUCUUUCCAAUUGCAGGCAGACAUUGCAAAGAAGCAAAUUGCUGCUUUUGGAGUGUUUAUGUGUGCUGGUUAGUGAUGAUGAUGAAGAAGUGUCCAUCUCUGCACAAGAAGCCCUUGAGUCUCUGUUUGUUUUGGAUGAGGAGUUUGUAACCAAAUUUGAAGUGUCUGAGAUGCUUUCCAGGCUCGUUAAAGAGCUUCCACGUGUGGUGCUAGGAAAUGACGAAACAGCUGCUUUAAUUCAUGCCCAGAAACUACUAUCUUUAAUGUAUUUUGCAGGUCCAGACCUUUUAAUAGAUCAUCUUUUUCACUCUCCUAUCAAUUCAUCUCAUUUUUUGGAAUGCCUUGGAUUAUGCUUGAGUCAUAAUUCACAAUAUGCUGGUUCCAUGAAAAAAUUAAGAUGGUUAAAUCCACUUUCAACUGGAUACUUGCUCUCCAUUGCAGAGCUGAAAGCUAGCAGUCUCUUGGUUUCUUCAAGUUCUCUUAUUUAUAACACUUCUCCUCCUAUAGUACCCAGAAUUUCUAUUUUGCAAGAUGAGGAUUCACAAAAUUCUUCAGUUGUAGACUGUGUUCGGGAAUUCCCUCAUAUGCCUCCUUGGUUUGGUGUUGUUGGAAGUCAAAAAUUGUACAUCAGGCUUGCUGGAAUUCUUCGACUUACUGGGCUAUCAAUAAUUUCAGGCUACAAGAGCAUCAUGUCUUUAUCAGUUGUUGUAGACCAACUUUUAGAUCAUGUUCGCCAGUUAACACAGAGCAUUCGUAUGAAAGAAUAUGGUAAAGUAGGGUGGAGAACUUGGUAUCAUCAUGGUUCAGGCAAUUUGUUACGCAAGACAAGUGUUGCAGUUUGCAUGUUAAAUGAAAUUAUAUAUGGAUUGUCAGAACAAUCAGUUAAUACAUAUUCAGAAUUGUUCAAAAAAUCUAAGGGGGAUACCAUUCAAGGAAAAGAUUUUACUUAUGAUGAUGGCAGGCAAUCUCGUUGUUUAACUUGGAAGAUUAGAAUGGAAAAGAAUAGCUGGGAUCAUAUAGUUCUUUCUGUCGGCAAAAUUUUGCACGAAUACUUGUCCUCUGAAGUGUGGGGUAUUCCUCAAAAUCAAAAUGAGCUUAUGCUGGAAGAUGAAGAGGAACUGGAGCAACCAUUGUAUUUCUUCCGGGACACUAUCAUGCUGCACCAGGUGAUAUUAGAUGGAGUAGGCAUCUUUGGUAUACUUCUUGGGAAUGACUUUGUACGUAGUGGGUUUCUCCACUCGUCUCUUUAUUUAUUACUAAGAAAUCUAGUUACCUCCAGAGGUGAGAUAAAAAUUGCAUCAGAUGCUGUUCUUCGAGUGCUUUCUAUUUCAUCUGGCCAUGCCUCUGUUGGCAAAUUUGUUGUGGCAAAUGCCGACUAUAUUAUUGAUCCUCUGUGUCGUCAGUUGAGGCAUCUGGACAUCAAUCCUCAUAUUCCUGAUGUGCUUGCUGCUAUGCUCUCCUAUAUUGGAUCUGCUUGUGAUGUUAUACCAUUGAUGGAAGAGCCGAUGCGAGCUAUUUCCUCAGAGCUGGAGGUUCUUGGUAGGCAUCAACACCCAAAUUUAACUAUCCCAUUUCUGAAGGCGGUUGGUGAAAUUGCUAAGGUUUCAAAAUCUGAGGCGUCUUUAUUGCCAAAUCAGGCAGAGUCAUUUUUCACAGAGGUUGACAGGAUGGUGGUUGUGAUUCAAAAAUGGAUUAAGGAGAACCACGUGAAUAAUAGCUCCCCAUUUACCAAAUCUCUAUCUUUAGAAAAGGCAUCCAAUAGUUUUGAUGAUGUUACUCUCCACAUGGCGGACUGGGAGCAACUGGUGUCUAAACUUGCUAAGAUGAGAAGCUACAGAAGAAUAAUUGGAUCUCUUGUUGGAUCAUGCUUAAAAGUUGCAGUGCCACUGGUUUCUUCUCAAAAAGAACCAGCUUGUCUAGUGGCACUCGACAUUAUUGAGGAUGUUUCUGUAUCUCUUGCAAAAGUGGAGGAAGCUUACAAGCACGAGAAAAAAACUGAAGCAGCAAUUGUGGAAGCAACUGAAUUAUUAUCACUAACUGAUCUGAAAUGUAAGAUGGAUUCUCAAGAUGAGGCUGAUGAAAACAGAGUGCUGCCGGCAAUGAACAAAAUAUGGCCUUAUCUGAUUCUUUGCCUUAAGAAUAAGGUUUCAGUGGCUACCAUCCAGAGAUGCUUACAAGUGAUUUACAGAGGGGUCCAAAUAGGAGGUGGUGAUUUUUUCAUUCGCCGAUUCCACAAUGAUGGGAAUAUUAUAUGGAAAUUACUUGUGUCUUUUCCAUUUCGAAGGAAGCAAAUACCAUCAGACGACAAAAGAAUACUCCUUCCAUACAGAGAUACUGCUCCCCUGGAGGAACCAAUGGCUGAAAUGUCCAGUCAAAAAGUGCAAGUCGCAGUCCUGGACAUGAUUACAAUGAUAUGCUUGGAUGAUACAGCUUCUUCUGCAUUACGAACUGUCCUAAAAAAGAUUAGUGGCAUUAUUGUAGGAAUAGCUUGCAAUGGCAUGGCUAGUUUAAGAGCUUCUUCUAUUAGGGCAUUAUCAGCACUUGCUCGGAUUGAUUCAGACCUUAUUUGGCUUCUACUGGCUGAUGUCUACUAUUCUCUGAGAAAGGAUGAUUGCAUCACUCCCUCGAGCUUGGAUCUGCAUUGUAUAUAUGAUCUGCUACCUGCACCAUUGUCCUCAAAGGAAUACUUGUUUGUAAAUUAUGCUGGUGAAAACUUUGGCUUUGAAGUAGACCCUUCGGCGGUGGAGUUAGUUUUUAGAAAAUUGGAGUCAGAAUACUUUGGUGAGACUCUGGAUAUUCAAGUAUGAAUUAAAUUUUGUACCUUCUGUAUAUUCUUAGUAAAUUAAUUGAUGGAAAUAGGGGGUCAUCUUGCAAAUGUAAUGAUAUGAAUAUUCCAAAUACAUAAGACCUUUUGUGCUACCA